UGUCACUGCAUAGUUCACAGGAAGAUCUUGCUACCAGCUGUCUCUGAGCUAUUACUCCAAGGACCAAGGCUGGGAUUGCACAUACUUCUUUUUUAUAUAAACUCUGUUCCAUGUAUCUGGAAGCACUUUGGAUAUGGUUUAAGUAGAGUCCUCCUUGUCUAUGAAAUGCAGUUAUCACAGCAGUUGGACUUGUUUCCCGAAUGCACGGUGACCCUUCUGUUAUUUAAAGAUGUAAAAAAUGCAGGAGACUUGAGAAAAAAGGCCAUGGAAGGAUCUAUCAGUGGUUCAUUGAUAAACCCUAAUGUGAUUGUUGAUCCAUUUCAGAUACUUGUGGCCGCGAACAAAGCUGUUCAUCUCUACAAACUGGGAAAAAUGAAGACAAGAACUCUGUCUACUGAAAUUAUCUUCAAUCUCUCCCCAAAUAAUAAUAUUUCAGAGGCUUUGAAGAAAUUUGGUAUCUCAGAAAGUAACACAUCAGUCCUGAUUGUUUACGUUGAAGAGGGAAGACAACAAAUACAUCAGGAACACCUAAUAUCUCAAGUGGAAGGCCAGCAGGUGCCUUUGGAAAGUCUGCCAGAUAUAACAAAGCUCUCAGAAGUCAAAAAGAUAUAUAAACUGUCACCACAAGAAGAGAGUAUUGGGACAUUAUUGGAUGGAAUCAUUUGUAGAAUGUCAACAAAGGAUGUAUUAUAAGAUGUUUAAAAUAUCAACAGAAAAUCUCAAUCACUAGCUUUUCUUUCCUGGUUAUAAAAUUAACAUAGUCAUCACAGAAAAAUGGAAAGAGAAACCACUACCAGCCCUACUUAUUUUUUUACUGCUUAAAGAUAACCUCUGUCACUGUUUUGUCAUUGACUUAUAGUCUUCUCCUUAUAUUCAAUACAUUUUAUUUUUAUACAAUUGGAAUAAAAAGUGCAAGCACCUACUGAA